CCCUCUCCUGCGGCGGGCCAUAAAUCCUGGCCCUGGGCGCUCUGCUGCGCAGUUCCAGUCGCCUUCUCUAGGUAGCGGAACCUGCGGACUCUUGAGCUUCAGGAUGGUUCAUGCUAAGACCUGGACCCUGAAGAAGCACUUUGUAGGCCACCCUACUAACAGUGACUUUGAGUUGAAGACAGUUGAACUAGCACCAUUAAAAAAUGGAGAGGUCUUGCUGGAAGCUCUGUUCCUCAGCGUGGAUCCUUACAUGAGAAUAGCGUCGAAUAGAUUGAAGGCGGGUGAUGUGAUGAUGGGGGAGCAAGUGGCCAGAGUUGUGGAAAGUAAAAACUCAGCCUUUCCAACAGGAACUAUUGUACUGGCCCAUUCCGGCUGGACAACGCAUUCCAUUUCUGAUGGAAAAGCACUGGAAAAGCUGCUUACAGAUUGGCCAGACACGUUACCGCUGUCUUUGGCUCUGGGAACAGUUGGCAUGCCAGGCCUAACAGCCUACUUUGGCCUACUUGAAAUCUGUGGUGUGAAGGGUGGAGAAACAGUGAUGAUUAAUGCAGCAGCAGGAGCAGUGGGCUCUGUUGUGGGGCAGAUAGCCAAGCUCAAGGGCUGCAAAGUUGUUGGAGCAGCAGGGUCUGACGAAAAGAUUGCCUACCUUAAAAAGAUUGGAUUUGAUGUUGCCUUUAACUACAAGAAAGUAGAGUCUUUGGAAGAAGCUUUGAAAAAAGCCUCUCCUGAUGGAUAUGAUUGUUAUUUUGAUAACGUAGGUGGCGAGUUUUCAAACACUGUUAUCUCUCAGAUGAAGAAAUUUGGAAGAAUUGCUAUAUGUGGGGCCAUCUCUACAUAUAACCGUACUGGCCCACUUCCCCCAGGCCCAGCCCCAGAGAAUAUUAUCUAUCAGCAGCUCCGCAUGGAAGGGCUCCUCGUCUACGCCUGGCAAGGAGAAGUCCGCCAGAAGGCUCUGAAAGACUUGCUGAAAUGGGUCUUGGAGGGUAAAAUCCAGUACCAUGAACACAUCACUGAAGGAUUUGAAAACAUGCCAGCUGCAUUUAUGGGACUGCUGAAAGGGGAAAAUUUGGGGAAAGCAAUAGUGAAAGCAUGAAAAAAAUGGCACAUGGAAUCUUGAGAUCAUUUGAUGAUUAAUUUCUUUUUAACCAUUUUGUAAAAAUGUAUACUGCCUUCAGUAUCUAAGAAAUAGUAAUUGUAAUGAGUUUGAUCUACCUAAUAAAAUACAUUUAAGUGAUA